AUGGAUAUCGUGGAGCGCUUUGGCGCAUCCAUCGAGCCUUAUGUUAUUCUCUCGCAUACUUGGGAGGAUGAAGAAGUCACCUUUCAGGAUUGGGACAAGCCUAGUAUAAGGAACGAGAUGAAGGGUUUUCAGAAAAUCAGGCAAACAUGCGAGCUCGGUGCUGCUGACGGUUACCGGUACGCUUGGGUUGACACUUGCUGUAUCGACAAGACCAACAGUACGGAGCUUUCCGAGGCCAUCAACAUAAUGUACAAAUGGUACGAAGAUGCCGCCGUCUGUUAUGUCUAUCUUUCGGAUCUUCGCGAUGGCGCCGGCGACGAGGCAUUAAAAGAACAGCGCUGGUUCAAACGCGGCUGGACAUUGCAGGAGCUGAUAGCUCCACGAGAGGUCCAAUUCUUUUGUCGUAACUGGCUACGCAUUGGAGUGAAAGCUGGCAUGGCGAAGUUGCUUUCAGAAAUAACAUCCACCAACCAUGACAUUCUAUCUAUGUCUCAGGACCUGAACGACUUCAGUGUGGCUGAAAGAAUGUCAUGGGCAUCUGAAAGAGAGACGACCAGACCAGAGGACUUGGCGUACUGCCUACUUGGAAUUUUUGGAGUCAACAUGCCAAUGCUGUACGGAGAGGGGAAGAGGGCUUUCCUGCGACUUCAACAAGAAAUCAUCAAAACUACAAACGACCUAUCCAUAUUUGCCUGGGAGUAUGUACCCGUUGUCCGUCGCACGUGGCAAGAUCACAAGAAUAUCAAUUGUGGUAUAUUUGCGGAGUCCCCGAGCGAAUUCGCCAUAAGAGAUCCUCUCGUCGGGUCAAAGCUUAAGAUCACACCUUUGAAACGACAGACAGAGGGCGAUGUUACUGUCACAAAUGCUGGCAUCAAAAUAACCUGCAGACUCCAGCUGGUGUGGACGCGACAUAAGGGGAAUUACUCAUACGUUCUUCCCGUCGCUCGCACUCACGGGGAAUCCACCAGAAAACGGAACAUGUUCUUUGACGAUGACUUAGGCGUCAUGUUGAAAAAGAUCGAUUCAGGUCUAUUCGUCAGACAAAACCCCCUGUCGCUCGUCAGAAUAAACAAGCGGACCAAGCGUCUGGACGUUGAUCGAUACUGCCCCAACGCCUACAUUCUCAAUGAUCUUUCCAUGUGGAGCCCUCUGGAUCGGUACAGGGAACUACGAUUUUAUUGGCCGCCGGGAGUCAGGGUUAUCCGAUGUUGGCCUUGGGCUGACUGGGACGAUGAGACUGGAGUAUUCAUGACUGGGCGCGAUGGUCCACGUGGAUCCAUGCUCAUCGAAGUGAAGGUUGAGGAUCCUAUCGAUGACAUUCCGCCUCAAAUCAUGGAGUUCAUGUUUGUGUUCUUCGGUCCCCUUGACCACGACUACCUCACGUACACACUUGUCGAGUAUGGCCCUUAUCAGAUGCCGCUGGAUCUCAUUAAUUUAAGACUCCAUGGAAGAGACAUGAGUCACAAGGAAAUGUUUCACGCUUUGAGGAGGUCGCCAAUUCCCAGACAACAUUCUGCCUUGGCCCGUAUUCCAAGGACUGAGUAUGGCGUCCGUCUUUCAGUACAGGCAGUGGAAAGCAAGCCUCCGAAGUGGGAGUUUUCGAUGAUUGUAGAUAGCCUCGAUCACAUAUCGGAGGUUGAGAUCCUGCCUUGGUCAGACAUGCCGCUGCAUGUCUAG